AUGUCAACUAAAGCUAAGACAGUGGUCGAUAAUUUUUCUAUUCAUGGAAACGCAAUUAAAGAUGUAUAUGAUGUACCAAUGUCAGCUAUCAAUAGGCCUAUACCAUCACAGUUAGAUAGAGAAAAAGUAGAGCAUAUGAAGACAGUGUUACAAACACCUGAACGAGAACAAGAACUCACUCCAAUUGAUGUUCAUCAUGUUGAAUAUAAGGGUCAGGAUUACUACUUUGCCUUUGGAGGCUGUCAUCGAUGGGCAGCAAGCAAAGAAUUAGGCAAAGAAACGAUCCGUGCAAAACUUAUUGACACUCCAGCAAGCGUUAUCAAUACAUACCUUGGAUCAUCUUCACCUUUUAAGGAAUAA